CGGGACUCGGCGGCGGCGGCACCACCAUGGAGACCCCGGGGUAGGGCCCGACCCGGCGGGGAGGCUACAGCUGGGGCCCCUCCGCGCCCAGAGCCCCUGCCAGCGGUGUCAUCUGUGCGGCAAUAUGCCAGCUCCUGAGCAGACCCCAUUGGUGGAGGAAGGUCUGCAGCAGACCACCCAGGAAACCUCCACAGGCCCGGGCAUGGAGCCAGAGACUACUGCCACUACCAUUCUAGCUUCUGUAAAAGAGCAGGAGCUCCAGUUUCAAAGACUCACCAGAGAGCUGGAGGUGGAAAGGCAAAUCGUUGCCAGUCAGCUAGAAAGGUGUAGGCUUGGCGCAGAAUCACCAAGUAUUGCCAGCACAAGCUCUACUGAGAAGUCAUUUCCUUGGAGAUCAGCAGAUGUGCCAACUACAGAUGUAAGCAAACCCAGAGUGUCUGAGAGUGUCCAUAUCAAUACUUAUCAGGUUAGAACAGAGCCAGAACAAGGGAACCUCUGCUCACCAGAACAGACAUCUCUCCAUGAAAGUGAGGGGUCAGUAGGUAACUCAAGAAGUUCAACACAAAUGAAUUCUUAUUCUGACAGUGGUUAUCAGGAAGUAAGCAGUUUCCAUAACAGCCAGAACUUGGGCAAGUCAGAAAAUAGACAGCAGCAUUCACUUACUGGAACCACUAGUAAUCAUUUGGUGAGAAACUCACGGGCUGAAGGACAAACUUUAGUUCAGCCCUCCGUAAAUAUUGCUGCCAACCGAGCGAUGAGACGUGUUAGUUCUGUUCCAUCCAGAGCACAGUCUCCUUCUUAUGUUAUCAGCACAGGUGUUUCUCCUUCAAGGGGGUCACUAAGAACUUCUGUAGGAAGUGGUUAUGGUUCUCCAUCAGUUACUGAAUCACGACCCCUUACUUCUAGUGCAUAUUCAUCCACUACAUUACCUGUACAGCGAGCAACAUCUCCCUAUACAACACAGAGACCUGCUUCACCAGCAGCUGUACGGCGGAUCGGUUCAGUCACAUCUAGGCAGGCAGCUAACCCCAGUGGAGGAACUUCUCAAUACCAAACAUCUGUCAGAGUGGGCUCACCUCUUGCCCUAACUGAUGCACAGACAAGAGUAGCUUCUCCAUCUCAAGCCCAGAUGGGAUCUUCUUCCCCAAAACGCGCUGGCAUGACUGCAGUUCCACAGCAUUUGGGAACAACAUUACAAAGAACAAUUCAUGACAUUGACCACUAUGGACAGCAAUAUGAUAUCUAUGAGAGAAUGGUACCACCACGUCCAGAUAGCCUUACAGGCUUGAGGAGUUCAUAUGCUAGUCAGAACAGUCAGCUUGGGCAAGAAUUACGUUCAGCUGUAUCUCCUGACCUACACAUCACCCCCAUAUAUGAAGGGAGAACCUAUUACAGUCCUGUGUACCGCAGUCCAAAUCAUGGAGCAGUUGAGCUACACCAAGGGUCCCAGACAGCACUAUAUCGAACUGGGUCAGGUGUUGGAAAUCUGCAAAGGUCAUCCAGUCAGCGUAGCACACUUGCAUACCAAAGAAAUAAUUAUCCCUUGAACACAACAGCUGCCUAUGCGGAACCCUACAGGUCAAUGCAGUAUCGACUGUCAGAGUCCAGUUAUAACAGGCUACAACAUGCAACGCCAGCAGAUGAUGGUACAACAAGAUCUCCAUCCAUAGACAGCAUACAGAAAGAUCCUAGGGAGUUUGCAUGGCGGGAUCCAGAAUUGCCUGAAGUCAUUCACAUGCUUCAGCACCAGUUCCCAUCAGUUCAAGCAAAUGCAGCAGCCUACCUUCAGCACCUGUGCUUUGGAGAUAACAAAGUAAAAAUUGAGGUAUGUAGGUUAGGAGGAAUCAAGCAUCUGGUUGACCUUUUGGAUCACAGAGUCCUUGAAGUUCAGAAGAACGCUUGUGGCGCACUGAGAAACCUUGUUUAUGGAAAGUCGACUGAUGAAAAUAAAAUAGCAAUGAAGAAUGUUGGUGGGAUACCUGCCCUUUUGAGGUUGUUAAGAAAAUCUAUUGAUGCAGAAAUAAGAGAGCUCGUAACAGGAGUUCUCUGGAACUUGUCCUCAUGUGAUGCAGUAAAGAUGACAAUCAUUCGAGAUGCUCUAUCAACACUAACUAACACUGUGAUAGUUCCACAUUCUGGAUGGAAUAAUUCUUCCUUUGACGAUGAUCAUAAAAUUAAAUUCCAGACUUCUCUAGUUCUGCGCAAUACUACAGGAUGCCUGAGGAAUCUAAGCUCUGCAGGAGAAGAGGCAAGGAAGCAGAUGAGGUCUUGUGAAGGGCUGGUUGAUUCUUUGCUAUAUGUGAUCCAUACAUGUGUGAACACAUCAGAUUAUGACAGCAAGACAGUGGAAAACUGUGUGUGCACACUGAGAAACUUGUCCUAUCGCCUAGAAUUGGAGGUACCUCAGGCACGUCUGCUGGGUAUAAAUGAAUUGGAUGACUUGUUAGGGAAAGAAUCACCCAGCAAAGAUUCAGAGCCAAGCUGCUGGGGGAAAAAAAAGAAGAAGAAAAAACGAACUUCACCAGAAGAUCAGUGGGAUGGAGUUGGCCCUAUACCAGGAUUUUCAAAGUCUCCUAAGGGUGUGGAAAUGCUGUGGCACCCAUCUGUAGUAAAACCCUAUCUAACACUUCUAGCAGAAAGCUCCAACCCAGCUACUUUAGAGGGCUCUGCAGGAUCUCUCCAGAAUCUUUCUGCAGGCAACUGGAAGUUUGCAGCAUAUAUUCGAGCUGCUGUCAGAAAAGAAAAAGGGCUUCCAAUCCUUGUGGAACUUCUGAGAAUGGAUAAUGAUAGAGUUGUUUCUUCUGUGGCAACUGCCUUAAGGAAUAUGGCUUUAGAUGUUCGCAAUAAGGAGCUUAUUGGUAAAUACGCUAUGCGAGAUCUGGUGAAUCGCCUUCCAGGAGGCAAUGGCCCAAGCAUAUUGUCUGAUGAGACUGUAGCAGCAAUCUGCUGUGCUUUGCAUGAGGUCACCAGUAAAAACAUGGAAAAUGCCAAAGCUUUGGCUGACACAGGAGGAAUAGAAAAACUGGUGAACAUAACAAAAGGAAGGGGUGACAGAUCAUCACUUAAAGUGGUCAAGGCAGCAGCUCAGGUAUUGAAUACAUUAUGGCAAUACCGAGACCUCCGUAGCAUUUAUAAAAAGGAUGGAUGGAAUCAGAAUCAUUUUAUUACACCAGUAUCAACAUUGGAACGAGACAGAUUCAAAUCACAUCCUUCCUUGUCUACAACAAAUCAGCAAAUGUCACCUAUCAUUCAGUCAGUUGGCAGCACAUCUUCAUCGCCAGCACUGUUAGGAAUUAGAGAACCUCGUUCUGAAUACAAUAGGACACAACCUUCUAUGCAGUAUUACAAUAGCCAAGGUGAUGUCAUUACGCAUAAAGACACAUAUACUGGGUCCAGCAAACCUUCACCGAUUUACAUCAGUUCCUAUUCCUCACCAGCAAGAGAACAAAAUAGACGGCUACAGCAUCAGCAAUUGUACUACAGUCAAGAUGACUCCAGCAGAAAGAACUAUGAUGCAUACAGAUUAUAUUUGCAGUCCCCACAUAGCUAUGAAGACCCCUAUUUUGAUGAUCGAGUUCAUUUUCCAGCUACUACAGAUUACAUGACACAAUAUGGACUGAAAUCAACCACAAAUUACGUAGACUUCUAUUCCACUAGACGGCCCUCUUACAGAGCAGAACAAUACCCAGGGUCACCUGAUUCUUGGGUGUAGCAUCAGAAAGUUUACACAGAGGAAUGCUAUAGCUUCUAAUCUUGCUUGGGAAGAAAUGGAAUGGCCUGUUUGCUGUUUGGAUGGUGAAAUGUGAAAGUGAAGUAAAAGGAGGAACAAGGAGGAGCUUUUUUUCAAGGACUUAUCAGGAAGGUGAGAGAGAAAUUGGAAGGGAGAACUUCUUGCUCUGUUUAGACGUUAGAUCUAAUUGUAGUUCCUGUAGUCUGGUGAAGGUGUGGGCGAUGUGAUGAAAGGUUUGAGAAUUGAGUAAAAUGAAUUUGGAAAAUGUGUAGGUCAGAUAAAAUUAAAGCUGAUUUUUAAAAUGUGAAUAAAAGUCUUGUUAUGAUAGUUUGUACAGAAAAAUAAAAUGGAUGCCCUUCUUGUUUUAUUGCUAUUACUAAAUGUCGAGAUUGUAUGCUAUUAUGUCUUGUAAAUUUCUUUCAUUGGUGUAAAUAUGGAAACGCCAUAUUGGUUAAAAGUGCCAUCAUUUGUUAUGCAGUGUGUCAUUUGAAAACAGAUUUGGAAAGCUGACAUCUUUAAACAAAAAAAGAAAAUACAAGGAACUGUUAUAAAUUUAAAAAUAUAUCAUUUUUGUUUUUGAAAUGAAUAGUGUAAUUUUGAAGCACAAAGUACAGUCACGUAUAUCUACACUUUUCUCAUUCCCUGCCUCUUUCAUAGGAUACUUCACUGCCAUUUUCAAGAAAAAUAAAUGUGGAAGUCUCAUCCAUGGAAAGUUGUUUCCUGCUCAUUUUUUAUUUUGUGUGUGUAAUAUACAAAACAAAUACAACAAAUGUGAAUUCUAAUUGCAUGUUGUAAGAAGUUUAAAUAUCUCUCACCAUUUUGGCCAUUUUCCCAGUUUUCUAUAGUUCAUACAUUUAUUAUUUGUCAAGCUGGUAUACCAAAGCAUGAAAUUAUGCACUUGCCUCCCUUGUUUUUUCCUCUAGCCUAGUGUUUUUACUUUCUCUGUUUGAUGAAUCCAGGAUAUUUCACAGUUUUAUCGUGUUUCUGCCAGAAAAAAAGUUGGAAUAGAUUUAAGCCCCUUCUUUUUCCUUCACAGAAAUUUCAUCCAGCAACCUGACCAUCUGGCCUAUAUUCCACUUGCUCUAUUAGAAUUCUUGUGUAAAAAACAGUCAUAAAUCAUGCAUUUGUCCCAUGCUAUUGAUGCUACUAACCUUCUUAUAUGUAUUUAUUACAAUAUUCAUUUGCCAUUGUUUCACUUUCUUUAUAGAGCUCAAAGUGCUUUACAAGUAUCAACAUUUCACUGUUGGGGUAAUUGAGGCAGAGAAAGAUGAACUGAAUUGCUUAAGGUCACACAGCAAGCGAGCAGAUAGAAUCCAGUUCUCCUGACUCUGUCUGCUAGAACACUGCUGCCUCUGUGUUAGUGAAUGAAAAAUUCCCAACAAAAUUAAUAAGUUAUAGGCCAAACUCUGACAGCUCUGCAACCCAUCCCCCACACAGGUUACCGUAUGGUUGCAUAGGUAUAAUCAUGGGCACAAUUUGCCCCCAGGUCUGCAGACGGUGCCUUCUGUUUCCAAAAAGAUCUAUUUUUAAUGCAGAAUGUCUUAAUUUAUUCCAUUUUUAGUCUAUUGUUAUUAGGAGCCACCUCUGAACAGAUCAUUUAGCAGACUGUUAAUUAACUGUCAUCAUAGCAAUUUACAGCUCUUGGGUGCAGAGAAUAUAGCCCAAAGAGUGGUAAUUCCACUGAGCCACCCCUAUGGGUUACUCAUAUGUUUGUGUGUAUUGUCUAUUUAAAAAAUUGACUGUAAACAUCUAAAUGUGUGGUGAUGGGCUCUGUACAAAUAUCUAAUAAAAUAAUAAUACCUCAUAGUGCUA